CAACUACAAAACGCGCCAUUCGCAAAACAUAAACAAAAGUCAUGGAGGAAAGCCAACUCCAGCCGAAAUCGAAGGAUUCUGUUGAGGAAACCGUGCCCAAGGCUCCCAACCUUCCCAGGGAAGUCAAACUGAAGGUUCAAAGGCAUCUGAACAAGCAUGGAUACUCGCAGCAAAACCUGGUGGAAGCAUCCAAAUACGGCAAGCAAAACCAUACGAACGCCGCUUUCCACUAUGGGUCCACCACGAUUAAAAGGGGCCAGGAAAUGGUCAGAAAUUGCGACUCCGUCAGUCUGAACAACAUCACCCAGUGGCUGGAACUGAUGAAAAAAGCCCAACUCUCGGAACUCUGCGAAUUCGAGGCAGCUGCAGCUGUGAACUUCAUAAUCCAUAACGAGGAAAAGCCAUUCCCAGAUGAACUAAAUGGCAUUGACUUGAACGAAGCGUAUAAAUUUUUGGAAAAUGCUCUAAUGGGCCAGCCCCAACGGAAGCUGAGCGAGCCCACCAAGGCAUUUCUGUGCAGGGAAAUCGAGCUCCUUAUACAGGAGGCCAACACCGACGAGUCAGAUGAUAUGGCUCGCAGCAUGGGACAGUGCCUAUUUAACCAUCAGAUCGUGGACUAUAUGGAACAGCCCCACAAAUGCAGCUUGGAUCCACUUUUUCUGGACGAAAAGCGAACGUAGAGAACGUGAAGAGUAAUUAUAAUUAGAUUAUUUAUUCAUUUCCACACAUUUAUUAAACAUUUAAAUUCAAUUUUUGUUAUAUACGUACAUUGUCACAUGCAUUUGCACUUUUCCAUCUUCAAUCAACGAUCGAUCCCACGUUUAUACAUUAGUAUUACUAUGCCGAAUGGCCCAACCUUUGUACGUAUUAAUAUUCGAUAAUUACAUUCAUAAUUAAGUACUUGACUAUAAACAGUUUUAGCACAUUUAAAAUCUAGAAUUCCUUUAGUUGUACACAAUUACUUCAAGUAGUGUAAGUACGAGUAUAAGAAAAAGAUUAAGGGUCUUUGGCCUUGGAUUCUCUCAAUUGCAUAACAUUUAUUGUGCAUGAUUGUUUUCAAUAGUUGUGGUUGCCAAUUUGCAUUGCAUAGACUAGAGUAGAGAUAGGUAGUUUAGUUUUGGUUUUGCUUUGAUUAGCUUUGUUUUAAACUUUAGGAGGCAUAAAAACAGUUGAGUGCUGCCUGACUCCCACAGCAUCACAAUAGAAUCACAAGAGACAGAGUUGGCUUAAGUUUUUUUUUCAAUUUCAUUACAGGUUCUAGGAUGUCACACUUACGAUAACAUAACGUACAUACGAUCAGAGUUACAUACAAAUUCGAAUACAAAUAUAAUACCUUUUAAUAUUAA